CUGAACGAAAGAACCUGCGUAGUAGACGUCUUUUUACGAAUUUCAUCACCUUUAUUCUUCAUUUCAGGCUACGGUAGAGUGAGAGUGCUGAAGGAAUCUCCUCCUUCUACUUCCAGCCAAAAUGUCCCCUUCGAGGAAAGAUCCCUUAGUGAGAGUGAGCAUAAAGGAGCCAAAGUGACUGCUAUUGAAACGACAGCCUCAGAGCUAUGCAAAGAAGAAAGAGCGUGUAUUGCUAAAAAGCGUAAAGUAGCGGAAGGCGGUAUGGAUAGCGCCGAGAAUUCAAAGGAGGAUGUCUUGGGGACUGCUGGAGAACUGAAAAUUGUGAAUCUGAGAAAAUUGGAUCCCGAUGAGGAUAUCUACCGAUGGCUGGAUGAAUUUGAAGUGCCAGUUCCUUGCACUCGCGAGUUCCGCGCAAGACACCUAGUUUACUAUGAUCUCUGGAGCAGAGGCUACUAUUUGACAAGUGGGGUACAGUUCGGUACGGCAUGGUUAGUUUACGAAGGGCCACCCGGUGAUGUGCACGCAACGUUUCUAGUUGACAUUAUUUUCGACGAUGAGAUGCUGAUGCCAUCAAAUUUGAUCGCUCUGAUUCGAGUGGCAGUCCAGGUCAAGAAGAACUUAGUUCUAGCAGUAGUAUCGUCAGACAACACUCAGCCGCACUACGUAAUGAUGGACUGGCUCAGACCGCAAGAUGUAGACGAGUGA